AUGGCCACAGUUAUCAAGCGUGGCUUGGCAGACGAAAACAAUAACAGAGAUGAGAGUCAACAUCUGAUAAGAUCUAGGCCCUCUCACCACGAUCAUCAUGCUACAGAAGCCGAAGUUCAGCCCCUUCUUCGCUCCUCCACGGCGCCACCAGUGGCAAAGUCCCCUGGAGUUGCGCGAAUCGAAGCUAUCAAUGCAUCCCUAACUCGAAACGACCGAAUAAUGAUGUUCGUCGGCGUUUUCCUAGUUGGGUAUGCAUAUGGCCUCGAUAGUCAAGUGCGAUCGACAUACCAAUCAUACGCUACAUCCAGCUUCGGAGAGCACUCGCUGCUGGCUACCGUAAAUGUUGUUCGAAGCGUGAUCGCCGCGGCCGCGCAACCCGCUGCUGCUAGGGUUGCAGACGUCUUCGGAAGAUUUGAGCUCGUCGCAGUAUCGAUGAUAUUUUAUCUGAUUGGUACUACAGUGGAAAGCUGCGCAACUUCGAUUCAAAUGUUCUCCGCGGGAACAGUUCUCUACCAACUUGGCUAUACGGGAAUCGUCCUGCUGGUGGAGAUCAUCAUCGCCGACAUUACUUCUAUGCGCUCUCGAGUCUUCUUCAGCUACCUCCCUGCGACCCCAUUCCUGAUCAACACGUGGAUUAGUGGGAACAUUACAUCGACUGUGAUAAGCAAGACUGGGUGGAGAUGGGGAAUCGGCAUGUGGUGUUUCAUCUACAGUAUCUGCUCUUUGCCCCUUCUAUGGACUUUAUUUUACACCAGUCGGCGUGCACAAAAGUCCGGGUUGCUGAAAGAACACCCCAGUGUCGUACGCUAUUUUGGUGUACGUCGCUUGAUCGUCGACAUUUUUCACCAGCUCGAUGUCAUUGGCAUCCUUCUCAUGAUCGCUGUGUUUGGCUUCAUUCUUGCGCCUCUCACAAUUGCCGGCGGAACGCAGUCCCAGUGGCUCUCACUCACUAUCAUCGCACCUCUCACGGUCGGUCUGUUAUGCAUACCCAUUUUCAUUCUCUGGGAGACUAGAGGAGCGAGAUCUCCUUUAGCACCUUUCCACCUCCUGAAAGACCGUGGGAUUUGGAGCGCUCUAGCAAUUAGAUGCCUCCUUAAUUUCUCCUGGUACCUUCAGGCAGACUAUCUUUACACGGUAUUGAUUGUUGCUUUUGACUUUUCAGUGGCCACGGCCACCCGCAUCCAAUCCUUUUAUUCGUUCUUUGGUCUACUGAGUGGGCUCCUCACCGGGGCUAUUAUUUUCAAGACACGCAGGUUGAAGUACCUGAUCAUCUGUGGUACAUGUCUCUUCAUGCUAGCAUAUACCCUCGUCAUCUAUUUUAGAGGUGGUACAUCCGAGGGCUCCAAAGCAGGCGUUAUUUUCGCUCAAAUUCUACUCGGUCUUGCAGGUGGAUUUUUUGCCUACCCAACCCAAGCCUCUGUGCAAGCCGCUACGACUCACGAGCACAUGGCCGUUCUCACAGGAAUCUAUCUCGGAUCUUUCAAUAUCGGCAGCGCCCUUGGAACAUGUCUUUCGGGGGCUAUUUGGACUCAGACGCUGUACAAAUCACUCGUCGCGAACCUAGAGUUCCAGUCCAAUGCCACUCUCGCCCAUGCAGUUUACGACUCGCCAUUUGAAGUUAUUCCUUUCUAUCCGAUCGGCACUCCCGAAAGAAGCGCUAUCAUUCUUAGCUAUCGGCACGUUCAGUGGCUGCUGUGUGUCACUGGAAUUUGCCUUGCAGCACCAAUGAUUGCCCUAGCAUUUGUAUUGCGCGAUCCGAAGCUUUCCAAAGAGCAAAGUCAGCCGGAGGCAGAAAGGGAGAGUUAG